CGUUUAAAGAUGAUAUAGAUAUUCUUCCUCCUAAAUACGACAAAAGUGAUGAAAGUAAUGUUAGUAAAUGGAAAAAUUUUUUUGAAAAGAAUGGAACUCAUGUGGUUCAAACAGCUUGGGUUGGCGGUUAUUGCUCCGCAACUGUCAAAGUUACUUCAUCUUGUAUAAAUGCUCAAAACAAUAAACUCAUCAUGGCUGAAAUUCAAGCUCGUAUUUUCAAUCCUCAGAUGCAAUUCAAAUUUCAUAAUGAAAUUGAAGAAUCUAAAAAUUUUAAAGAGGUAAUAAAUAUAGCUAGGUUGGAAAUGCAUGGUGGAAAUCCUAAAUAUCAUGUUUCGACAUUUCAUAAUUUAAAUAGUGAAAAAUGGUUCAAUUCCAUCAAAAUGAAACCUGUUGUUUUAAAUACCAAAUUUGAACUUAUUCCAAUUAACAUUGUCGCUGGAAAACACAAUAGUAAUAUCCAAGACCAGAUGGCUGUCGCCAUGAAGGAUUUUAUUGGGGGCGAUUUGAUUUGUAUCAAAUCAGAAACAAUUUCAGAAAAACAUCCCAUCACAAGCCGCACAGACGCGACUAAUAAUUCAGCACCGAAUCCAAACAAGAGAUCAUGUUUUACAUGUCUUAGAUCAGGUACUUUGAUAUCAAUGGCUGAUGGUACAAAGGUUGCUGUUGAAAAACUCAGACCAGGAGAAAUAGUCGUGGGUAAGAAUGGAGCACCGUGUCAGGUUCUUGGAAGAAAUGAUAUAUUACUAGGAGAUAGGUCUUUAUACGGCUUUUAUUCAGAGAAAACGGCCUUUUUUACAUCUGAACACCUUUUCGCUACACACAAUGAUGAAUGGAU